AUGGGAAGCUCCUGCUCGUGCGCGCGCGACCCCAGUCACGUGCUCGUCGCCGCGCCCCGCCACAAGUGCCCGUUGGCCGACCGCCUGCGCCCCUGCAGCUCACUCACAGACACGCACUCGUCCACGGGCGUCCGACCGCUCGACCGACCACAGGACUGCGUCGACGCCACGGCAGCAGUCCCUCUCGCGAGUCCAGCGCCGAGUCCGACGCCGUCGAGUCCCUUUGUGCGCGACUACGCGGCCGUGUCGACUCAGAACAGUCAGUUCCGCGCGCACAUGGAGGACGAGUGCGUGGCGAUCCCCACGUUCCGCGCGUUCCCCGACGAUCCCGUCGUGAGCUCCUUCUUCGGCGUCUACGACGGCCACGGCGGCGACUUUUGCGCCAAGUACGCGGCCGCACACUUUCACGUGACACUCGCUGCGCGUCUGCAAGCGGCGCACAAUGCCUCACGAGCGCUAUCCGUCCACAAGAGCCACUCCACCAGAGCCGACGCCAGAGCGGACGUCUUGAGCAGCGCCGACAUCGAGCGCUGCUACGCAGAGGCCUUUGCCGCUCUGGACGAGGAGCUACAGGACUUUGACGAGUCGUCCGAGAGCGGCUCGACGGCAGUCACGUGUCUCGUGCGUCAGUACAAAGGCCGAACGACGUUCCACAUUGCGAACGUCGGGGACUCGCGAGCGAUCUUCUGCUGCAACGGACAGACGUCGCGGCUGUCGGUGGACCACAAGGCCACGAACAAAGACGAAGUGAAGCGGAUCCGCGACCUGAACGGCAUCAUCGUCAACAAGCGCGUGGCGGGGUCCAUCGCUGUCACGCGGGCGCUGGGCCAGGCCGACGAGAAGAAGUUCAUCACGAGCGCACCGCACAUUGAGUCGCUGGAGGUCGCGUCGGACGAUGCGAUCCUCGUGUUGGUGAGCGACGGCAUCACGGACGUCUUCCGGGACGAGGAGCUCAUGGAGUUUGUUGCCACGCGCCUGGCAGAGGGCGAGAAGUCGGUCACGAUCGGCGACAUGCUGCUCGACGAGGCGAAAGCACAGGGGUCGACGGACAAUAUGACUGCGGUGAUCAUUUGUUUCGGGAAGAGGAGAGCGGGAGGUGGCGGUGACGUCUAG